UAAACUUUAACGGUUGCCACUUCCACAAAGCAAGAGAGCUAGACUAAAAUGACAGAAACUGUAGUGUCUUUUGCGAGUCAGCAUUUGCUUUCAAAAUUUUUGGAUGCUGUGAAGAUGGUGAGAGAUCUCCCAAAAGAAGUUGCAGAAGUUACAGAUGAACUAGAAAGCUUUCAAGAUUUCAUCCAUGACGCAAAUAAAGUGGCUGAAGCUGAAGAAGAUAACAAUAAACGGGAUAGAAUAAGAAAAAGGUUGACGAGGCUGACAGAAGCUGCCUUUCGCAUGGAAGAUGUAAUCGAUGACUAUGUGUUAUGUGACAAUAAGCAACCUGAAGAAGAUCCUCGAUGUGCAGAUUUACUCUGUGAGGCUGUUCAGAUCAUCAAAACUCAAAUCCUUCGCCUUCAAAUAGCGUAUCAGAUUCAGGACGUUAAAUCAGUUGUUCGAGGGGAAAAAGAUGCCUUCCAAAAACAUUUUCCAAUAGAACCAAGAUCAGACGGCUCUAGAGAAAACGAAAAUUUCACAUGGCAUAAACUUCGAGUGGAUCCUCUCUUUAAGCAAGAUGAGGAGGUUGUUGGGCUUGAAGGCCCUAUACAAACACUAAAAAAGGGGUUGACAGAGGGGAGAGAAGAACGCACUGUCAUCUCUAUUGUAGGAAUGGCAGGAUUGGGUAAAACCACUCUUUCUAAGCAAGUUUUUGACAGGGUCCAUAAACACUUUGAGUGUCAUGCACUGAUCACAGUGUCUCGACCCUAUACAGUUGAACGGUUGCUGAGGGAUCUGACAAAGGAGCUUUGCGAAGAAAGAAAUGAGCAGCCUCCUCAGGAUGUUGAAACUAUGAAUCAAAUGUCCUUGAUAAAAGAAGUCAGAAAACGCUUGUGCAAUAAGAGGUAUGUUGUCUUGUUUGAUGACGUAUGGAAUGAAAAAUUUUGGGAUGACAUUGAAUUAGCUCUAAUUGAUAAUAAAAAUGGAAGUAGGAUACUAAUCACUACCCGGGAUGAGAGGGUUGUGGAGUUCUGUAAAAAAGCUUUAUCUUUUGAGGUGCAUAAGCUACAACCUUUAAGUAAAGAAAAAUCAUUGGAGUUGUUAUGUAGGAGGGCAUUUGGGUAUGAUUUUGAUGGACGUUGUCCAGAAGAUUAUGAAGAAGUAGGUCUAGACAUAGUUAGGAAGUGUGAGUGUUUACCUUUAGCAAUUGUGGCCAUUGGUAGUCUUUUAUAUAGAAAAUGUAAAAGUUCAUCAGAAUGGCACCUGUUUAGUCAAAAUCUAAGUUCGGAGUUGCAGGGCAAUUCUGAGUUACACAGUGUAACAAAAAUUUUAAGUUUGAGUUAUGAUGCUUUGCCACAAAAUUUGAGGUCAUGUUUGUUGUAUUUCGGAAUGUAUCCUGAAGAUUACGAAGUUAAAUGUGAUAGAUUAAUUUGGCAGUGGAUAGCUGAAGGGUUUGUCAAACAUGAAAGUAGAAAAAACUUAGAAGAAGUUGCACAACAAUAUUUAAUGGAAUUGAUUAGUAGAAGCUUGGUGCUAGUAUCAUCAUUUAGCACAGAUGGGAAAGUGAAAGCAUGUCGUGUUCAUGACUCAAUGCAUGAAAUGAUCCGUCUAAAAAUUAAGAAUACAGAGUUUUGUGAGUAUAUUGACGAGCAUAAUCAUUUGGAGCCAAGUGGUACCAUUCGACGCUUAGCAAUAGCAACGAGUUCCAAUGGUUUAAUUGGAUCUAUUGAAGAAUCACAACAUGUUCGGUCAAUUUUAUUUUUCACUAAUAAAGUGUUGUCUGAAGACUUCACUAUCCGCUUGCUUGCGAUUGCGAAAUACAUGCGGUUGAAGGUGCUCGAUUUUGAAUUUGCUCCCUUAUAUAAUGUUCCUGAAAGUUUGGGAAGUUUAAUCAACUUAAAGUAUCUAAGCUUCCGGGAUACAUACAUUAGAAGUCUUCCAAAAUCCAUUUGUAAGCUGCAGAACUUGGAGACCUUAGAUGUACGAGCAAAUAGGGAGAUUGCGAUGCAGAACUUGGAGAUCUUAGAUGUACGAGCAAAUAGGGAGAUUGAGGUACCAAAGGAGAUUACCAAGCUGAGAAAGCUACGUUGUUUUUUGGGUAACCGAAUAUCUUCCAUUGCAUUGAAGGAUAGCCUUGGGAGCAUAACAUCCCUGGAAAAGAUGCAUGUACUAGAAAUAGAUCCAGAUGGAGAGGUGAUUAGAGAGAUUGGAAAGCUAAAGCAACUAAGGGAUCUGAGGGUUGUUAGUCUUAGGGGAGAUGAUGCUGACACUCUUUGUUCCUCAAUAAACGAGAUGCCACUCUUGGAGCGACUGCAUAUCUCCACAAAAUAUGGGACUGAAGCAAUUGACUUGCAGAUUAGGUCAUCCUUGUCUAAACUAAGGAAGCUUCACCUGUAUGGCAAUUUAAAAGAGUUCCCAAUUUGGAUACCGCGGCUCCAGAAUCUUGUGAAAUUGUCUUUGGUUCAAUCCCGGUUAACUAACAUUCCAUUGAUAUCUCUGGGAAAUAUGCCAAAUGUGUUGAUCCUCUCUUUAAGUUUGAAUUCUUAUGAAGGAGAAACUUUACAUUUUCAAAAGGGAGGAUUUCAGAAACUAAAGGAACUAGAGCUCCAACGUUUGCAUCAAUUGAGCUCCAUCUUUAUUGAUAGCGGAACACUGCAAUCUUUGGAAAAGCUUCUGAUAAUAAAUAUUCCCAAACUGAAGACAGUACCCUCUGGCAUUCAACACUUAAAGAAACUCCGACUUCUCCACAUGUUAUAUAUGCCGUCUGAAUUUAAACAGAGGAUUGACCCCAAUGGAGGAAAGGAGCAUUGGAUGAUCAAACAUGUGCCCGAUGUACGGUUUGUCCCUUUGCUAUUGGCCGAGGGAUUUGCCAAAAUGUUUUCUUUGCGGUUGUAGAGGUGUGCUCUUUAUGUUUAUUAAUAGUUUUAUAGAUUGAUAUCACAAGAAAUAUAUUCUCUUUUAACGCAUUUA